AUGAGGAAACAUGCAAGCUGGAUUCUACAGAAAGUAAUGAAUGCACAGCUAAUUGUGGAGCAGGUUCAGCAAGUACAAGGCAAUGGUAAAGGGAUAAUCAGGAAACUUUAUUGUCACAUGAAAGCAGAACAACACAGGUCAGCAUGGACUUGUCUUAUGUUCAACAAUGCAGCAAGACCAAAAGCUUUCUUUACAGUGUGGAUCAUGAUGAAUCAAAAGCUAGCAACUGUAGACAGAUUUGCUCCAUGGGGAGUAGACAGAUUGGCUCAAUGGGCAGUAGCAGUAGAUAAGACUUGUGUGUUAUGCAAGAAUGCUGAUGAGAAUGUAGAGCAUUUGUUUAUGCAAUGCAACUUUGCCAGAAAACUGUGGGGGAGGCUGCUAAGCUGGAUAGAACAUCAAAGUACUGUUCCAUUGAUAUGGGAGCAAUUUCUACAGUGGUGUAUUCAACAUGGAAAAGGGAAGAGUUCAGCAGCACAAAUGUUCAAGAUAGUAUUGACUGAAGGAAUCUAUGGCUUGUGGAUGGAGAGAAAUAGUAGAAUUUUUUAG